AUGUCAAUUGUUAAUGAAACUCAGGAUGAAAAAAAGAUCAUAAAGGAUCUUGUUACAAAAAGUAUCAAAAAGGGUGGUUUUAUCACUUUUGAUGAUUUAAAUGAUACGUUAUCAGAAGAAAAUUUUUCUUCUGAUUUUAUUGAUAGUACGAUAUCUCUACUGCAGGAUUUUGGGAUUAAUGUGCUUGAAAGUGAUGAAGAUGAGGAUGAUGCUUCUUCUCAGAAUGAUGAUAAGCUGGAUAGUGAAGAUGAUGCAUCUUCAGAUAUUACUACGGCUUUGGUGCAGAAUGAUGAUCCAGUAAGAAUUUAUUUGCGGGAUAUGAGUUCUGUCAAGCUACUAUCACGAGGGGAAGAAAUUCAAAUAGCUCAAAAAAUUGAAUCUGAAAAACAUAAUAUGCUACGUGCAAUAAUUGAAGUGCCGAUAGCGCUCAAAAUGAUAAAAGCAUGGAGAGAUGACCUUAGUAAUGGAGAUUUAUUGCUGAGGGAGAUUAUAGAUCUUGAAGCUAUUUACAACUCAGAUUUUAAUGCAAUGCCUAAAGAUGAGGAUGAUAGUAUUGAUGUUGAGGACAGUGAAUACUGUGAGACUGAGGAAGAAAGUGAGGGCGGUAACAUGGGUUCAACGGGACUGAAUGUUUCUAUUCUUGAAAUGGAAAGUGAUCUAUUGCCGAAAGUUAUAACUGCAUUGGAUGAUAUAAUUGAUUUAACGAAUAAAGCGUUACAAAAUAAACCGGAAUGUGAAGAGCUGUAUGAUCAGAUAUGGUCUAUAGCAUUGCAAAUUAAGUUGAGUGAUGCUGCUAUUUCUAAAGCUACUCAGACUUUUUAUGAUAUAAAUAGGAAUGUGAUGCUUGAAGAAGCUAAUCUUAUUUCUGAAGCUAAAAAAUAUGGCAUUAACAGAGAUGAUUUUUAUGAGAUCUAUGACAAAGUCCUUUUAAAAGACAAUUUUCAAUUUCAUAAAGAUAAAUCUUUUCUUUCUACUAAUUUGCAAAGUAAAUUUAAGAAAUUUUUAGAUGGCGCUAAUGAUUGUAUAUCUAGUGCUUUGCAAAAUAUCAAGCAGUAUGUAGAGGAAGAGGAUGUACAAGGGUUUAAGGAAUUGAUUAAAAGGAUAAGAGGGCAUGAAAAGGAAGUUAGUGACGCAAAGCAAGAGAUGAUAAAAGCAAAUCUGAGACUUGUGGUUUCCAUUGCUAAAAAGUAUGCAAAUAGAGGAUUAGCUCUGCUUGAUUUGAUACAGGAAGGGAAUAUCGGCCUUAUGAAAGCUGUGGACAAAUUUGAUUAUAAGCGCGGGUAUAAAUUUUCAACUUAUGGCACUUGGUGGGUAAGGCAGUCAAUAACUAGGGCUAUACCUGAGCAGUCUAAAGUAGUAAGAAUACCAGUUCAUAUGGUGGAGAUUAUUAGCAAAAUCAACAGGGCGUUAAGAAAGAUGACUCAUGAUAUGGGCAGGGAGCCCACGUUGGAGGAGCUAAGUGUGGAGCUUACAAUGCCGGUGGAUAGGAUACGUAAAGUCAUGAAGAUAGCAAGAGACCCAAUAAGUCUAGAAGCGCCAACUGGGAAAGAUGACAGUAGUACCUUUGGUGAUUGUAUAGAAGAUAGGAGAGUAUCUAGGCCGGAAGAUGCCGCAAUUCUUGCUGAUUUGCGUGGUAUUACCACUAAUGUUCUUGCAACGCUUACGCCGAAGGAAGAAAGAAUCUUAAGAAUGCGUUUUGGCUUGGGAAAGGAUGGUAAAGAACAUACAUUGGAAGAGGUUGGUAAGAUCUUUAAUGUAACACGUGAGCGAAUACGUCAAAUUGAGGCAAAGGCGCUACGCAAGUUGAGGCAUCCAAGUCGUGCUAGAAAACUAAGAGGAUUCUUUUAG